AUGAAACUCAACAGUGGCAUUGAGAUUGUGUUCCUUUUGCCUGCUGGCCAGGGACGCUUUGUUGAGCCAACAGGUCUAGGAGCAGAUCCAGAGGUAGAGGUGGUCGUGGUGGCUCAACCUUGCCUUACACCAGUUGAGUUGCCUGCAUCCAAGCCUGCUGCCAUGAAAAAGCCUCCUCCUAUGCCUCUGGCAAUCAAGACUGUGCCUGUUGCUGUUGCUCCUGCUGUCAUGAAGAAGAAACCACACAACAACAAUCGCCGAGAAAGCAGUGGCACCUUGGAGCCCUGGGAUGAAAGGAAGGAAGAUGCUGAUUUGGAGGAGUUGGUGGAUUUGAUUGGUCAGGAGCAGAUCAGCACUCGGUCCACUGAUACAGAGUACACGUAUGUCACUGUAGAGGAUGAAGAAUGAAUAUGCAAUCCACAACAACAGACCUAUCCACAGCAACCAACAAGGCAAAUGGCAACAAUCAUAAUGGGAUGUAUGCUCCCACCAAAAGCAAUAGCAGUGUAGGUAUCCAAAAAAUAAUAUAGCAC